AUGAAGCGAAAACGACAUUUGCCAACCUCGUUGUUUCUCAAUCUGGUGCACGUUUGCCUGGUUCAAGCAAAUUAUGCACCCUAUUUCUUUGACAAUGGAGCCAGCAGCAAUAAUGGGAAUAUGGCCCUCUUCAGCCUCUCGGAAGAUACAGCUGUGGGCACGCAUGUUUAUACACUAAAUGGAACAGAUCCGGAAGGAGAUCCGGUAACCUAUGGCAUUACCUUUGAUGCCGGAGCAAGAAAAUACUUCUCCGUGGAUGAAAACUUUGGAAAUGUUACCCUGAUUGCAGAGCUUGAUCGGGAGACACAAGACGAGAUCGAAGUGGUUGUUAAUAUUUCUGAUGGAUUAAGCACAGUGGCGGAAAAGGUCAGAAUCGUUAUAACAGACGCAAAUGACGAGAGACCAGAAUUCAUCAACACGCCUUACAUCGUUCAAGUCCAAGAGAACAUGCCGGUUGGGAGCAGCAUCUUCAAAAUCGAAGCAGUGGACAGAGACACAGGCUCAGGAGGCAGCAUUAACUAUUUCCUGCAGAAUAUCCAUACAAAUAAAUUUACCAUAGAUCGUCACAGCGGUGUCCUUCGCAUCAAAACAGGGACCAGCCUCGACUACGAAAAAGCAAGAACUUUUUUCGUGACUGCAGUGGCUAAGGAUGGUGGGGGAAAGCUUCGUGGAAAUCACAAGGUAUUUUCAGCCACAACUACCAUCACAAUCAAUGUUGAGGAUAUUCAAGACACGCCACCAAUUUUUGUGGGCACACCCUACUAUGGGUAUGUGUAUGAGGACACACUGGUGGGAUCGGAAGUUAUAACUGUUGUUGCCAUUGACGGAGACAGGGGAAUACCUAAUGACAUAUAUUACAGCAUUAUGAAUGGAAGUGAAGGUUCAUUUGAAAUAAAUAAUGCAACGGGAGCUAUUUCUGUUGUUAAAAACCCAACUAAACUGAAGAAAGAAGUAUAUGAACUGAAGGUCCAGGCUUCCGAAAUUGGUUCAGAAGACAACGAAACUGCUCAUGCAUCCACCACGGUCAUCAUCAGAAUGGUAGACCUUAACAAUCACCCACCAACCUUCUAUGGAGAAAGUGGGCCACAGAACCAAUUUGAGCUGACCAUCUAUGAGCACCCACUGGAAGGUGAAACCUUGAGGGGCCUCAAAAUUAUGGUCAAUGAUUCAGAUCAGGGAGCAAAUGCUAAAUUUAACCUCCACCUUGUUGGGCUCGGAGGAAUUUUCCGUGUUGUCCCUCAGACAGUUCUAAAUGAAGCCCAAGUCACAAUAAUAGUGGAAAAUUCUGCUGCCAUCGAUUACGAAAAGUUCCAAGAGUUAACCUUCAAGCUUCUUGCAGUAGAAGUGGACACACCUGAGAAAUUUAGUUCAACGGCCGAUAUUGUGAUCCAUCUCUUGGACACAAAUGAUAACAUCCCCCAAUUUUCAUCUGAUUACUACAUCGCCAAGAUCCCAGAGAAUUCUCCCGGGGGUUCCAAUGUAGUUGCUGUAACUGCAAUUGAUCCAGAUUCAGGCCUCUGGGGUGAAUUAAAAUACUCAAUUUAUGGAACAGGAGCAGAUCUCUUUCUGAUUCAUCCCUCUACUGGGAUUAUCUACACUCAGCCGUGGGCCAACCUAGAUGCAGAAAUCAGCUCCAAGUACCAUUUUUUCGUGAAGGCAGAAGAUAUAGAAGGAAAGCAUAGUUUGGCCGAAGUCUUCAUCACUGUCCUUGAUGUCAAUGAUCAUUCUCCGGAGUUCAGUGAGAACAUUCAGGAAAAAACCAUGAUUAUUGGAUCCCCAGUAAAAGUUGAGGCAAUAGAUCAAGAUGCAGAAGAACCCAAUAACAUUGUGGACUACGCCAUUAUGCAGACUGAUCCGGCCGAUGUGUUUGAUAUUGAUCAAAGCUCUGGAGAAAUUAAAUUGAAAUCUUACAUACGAUCCUUGGACGUCAUUCACAACAUCACCAAGAACAAAGAUUGCAUUUGGUCAGUGAUCAUCCAAGCGAAGGAUCGAGGGUCUCCAUCGUUUAGCACCACAGCUGUUCUGAAACUUGGCAUCAGAGAAGAGACUCUUCACACAGGACCAAUGGCUGCCUUUCUGAUGAAGACCAAAGACAACCCAAUGAAGGCCAUAGGAGUCCUGGCAGGCCUGAUUGGGAUCAUGGUGAUGGUCAUCCUUUUCAUCUCCACUGCCAUGUUCUGGCGCAAUAAAAGGUCCCCCAGGAUCAUGCCAGCACGACGGAUCAUCAAAAAGAGGCCGAAUUAUCAACCUCGUACCUUUAGGAUGCAGUGGUUGAGCUUCAAGAAGUCCUCUAGCCAUGCGGCAGAGAAAUUUACAGUCAAUGAAGACAACAUCAGCUUGCAGAAUGAGAACAGCAAUAACAGUUCCCAGAUUCCGUCUCUGCCGCCACCACCACCCUCCGUGCCAAUCCCAUCGCAAGCCUCUCUCUUCAAGAUCCAGGAACCCACCUGGAAAUUGUCCACAGUUUCAGGAUCCCUGAGCCCUAAGUUCGUAAAUAAGCAGGCAAGGAAAAAGGGAGCUCUCCACGCAGCCGACACAGCUCUGGUAUCUGAGCUCAAGCAGAGAUUGGAGAUGAGAAAUUCAGUGGUCAGCCAGCCUCACAUUUAACACAAAGUGGUGUGGGACAUACAACUUUGUGUAUUAUUCCAAGACCAUGGUGUGACC